UUCUCCCUGAUCGUGUCAAUCUGUACGGCAAGGGCGGAGGUUGCUUACCCAGCCCCAGGAUAUUAGGCGUAGUCUUCCAGGUUUUGGCAAAGCGGCAACACUUCUGGCCCCUAGAAGGGCUGGAUUUUUUUGUCUUAUCGCUAAGCGUCUGCUUUACACAGCUCUCGCCGUAGCAGCCGCCGCCCAUCUCUCUUUGUGUGCUUGGGGAAGCCGCUGAGCUAGUGGCGGCGAUUUUUGGCGUUGGGGCCGAAAGAGAGGGACGUUACCGGGAAGUUGUUUGGCAGGCGGACUCUUCCUGUUCCCGCCACCUGACAGGUCACAAACAUGUCUGACAAAAGUGAAUUAAAGGCAGAGUUGGAACGUAAGAAGCAGCGGUUGGCCCAGAUCAGAGAGGAAAAGAAGAGGAAAGAAGAAGAAAGGAAGAAAAAGGAAACUGAUCAGAAGAAGGAAGCAGUUGCUCCUGUGCAAGAAGAAUCGGAUCUUGAAAAAAAAAGAAGAGAAGCUGAAGCAUUGCUUCAAAGCAUGGGGCUGACUCCAGAAUCCCCUAUUGCUGAGCAACCUCUCCGUGUAGUAACAGCGGAUACCUGUCUAUUUCACUAUUUAGUCCCUCCUCCUAUGUCUCCAUCCUCCAAAUCCGUGAGCACACCGAGUGAAGCUGGAAGUCAGGACUCUGGAGAUGGCGCAGUGGGAUCUAGGACGCUGCAUUGGGAUACAGAUCCAUCAGUUCUUCAGCUUCACUCAGAUUCCGAUUUGGGACGAGGACCUAUUAAACUUGGAAUGGCUAAAAUUACACAAGUUGACUUUCCUCCUCGUGAAAUCGUCACAUAUACAAAGGAAACUCAGACUCCAGUUAUGGCUCAACCCAAAGAAGAUGAAGAGGAGGAAGAUGACAUAGUGACUCCUAAACCAUCUAUUGAACCUGAAGAAGAGAAAACUUUAAAGAAAGAUGAAGAAAGUGAUAGUAAAGCCCCACCUCAUGAGCUGACUGAAGAAGAAAAGCAACAAAUCUUACACUCUGAGGAAUUUUUAAGUUUCUUUGACCAUUCUACAAGAAUUGUAGAAAGAGCUCUUUCUGAGCAGAUUAACAUCUUCUUUGACUACAGUGGAAGGGAUCUGGAAGACAAAGAAGGAGAGAUUCAAGCAGGUGCUAAACUGUCAUUAAAUCGACAAUUUUUUGACGAACGUUGGUCAAAGCAUCGAGUUGUUAGUUGUUUGGAUUGGUCAUCUCAGUACCCAGAGUUACUCGUGGCUUCCUAUAACAACAAUGAAGAUGCUCCUCAUGAGCCUGACGGUGUGGCCCUGGUAUGGAAUAUGAAAUACAAAAAAACCACCCCAGAGUAUGUGUUCCAUUGCCAGUCAGCUGUUAUGUCUGCUACAUUUGCAAAAUUUCAUCCAAAUCUGGUUGUUGGUGGUACAUAUUCAGGUCAAAUUGUGCUUUGGGAUAACCGUAGCAACAAAAGAACUCCAGUGCAAAGAACUCCACUGUCGGCUGCAGCACACACACAUCCUGUCUAUUGUGUAAAUGUUGUUGGAACACAGAAUGCUCACAAUCUGAUUAGCAUCUCUACUGAUGGAAAAAUUUGUUCAUGGAGUCUGGACAUGCUUUCCCAUCCACAGGAUAGCAUGGAAUUGGUUCAUAAACAGUCAAAGGCAGUAGCUGUGACAUCUAUGUCCUUCCCCGUUGGAGAUGUCAACAACUUUGUUGUUGGGAGUGAAGAAGGUUCUGUGUACACAGCAUGCCGCCAUGGCAGCAAAGCUGGAAUCAGUGAGAUGUUUGAGGGACAUCAAGGACCAAUUACUGGCAUCCAUUGUCAUGCAGCUGUUGGAGCAGUGGACUUCUCACAUCUUUUUGUCACUUCAUCAUUUGACUGGACAGUAAAACUUUGGACAACUAAGAAUAACAAGCCUUUGUACUCAUUUGAGGAUAAUUCAGACUAUGUUUAUGAUGUUAUGUGGUCACCCACCCACCCAGCCCUGUUCGCCUGUGUGGAUGGCAUGGGAAGGCUGGAUUUGUGGAAUCUCAAUAAUGACACAGAGGUGCCAACUGCCAGCAUUUCUGUGGAGGGUAAUCCUGCUCUUAAUCGUGUAAGAUGGACCCAUUCUGGAAGAGAGAUUGCCGUGGGUGAUUCUGAAGGACAGAUUGUUAUAUAUGAUGUGGGAGAGCAGAUUGCUGUCCCCCGAAAUGAUGAAUGGGCACGAUUUGGCCGAACACUUGCAGAAAUUAAUGCAAACCGAGCAGAUGCAGAGGAGGAAGCAGCUACCCGAAUACCUGCCUAGCUCCUGAAAAGAGAAUAUGUAGCCUUAGUGGAUUUGGGGAAGACUAAGUAGAUCCUAAGAUUAUUUGCAUGCUCUUGUCUGAAUGAUAAUUAAAAGGAAAUUUCGGGGAUUAAAGUGUGGAUAUAAUGCUACAAGCAAAUCUGACAGUGUCCCUUUUUAUAUAACAUGCAUCUUGUUUUGGAUUUGUGUCAUUUUUAAUACAGCUGAUUGACUUUCCAGAAUGCAGCCUUUUCUGAAUUCUUAUACACCAGUGUAUAUUUAGUAUUAUUCUUUUUGAAUUCUUUUCAACGUGUAACACUAUUUACAGUUAUUUCUAAGAGCACAGAUUAAAUAAGUUCUGCGUAUUUUUAAAUAAUCACAAUUCCCUGUUAUACUGGUAAUGGUCUCACUAACCAUAAUAUGUAGGAACAUUGUUUAUUCUUAGUCAUAGCAUGCAUACAUCUAUCCAGUUCUAUUCUGACAUUCUUUUUUCUCUAAAAUUCAUGUGAUAACUAUCCAUAAAUAAAAACAAAUAUGCUUUAA